ACAUAUAUAUAAAACUAUGAUAGGCUAGGUGAUAUAGAAUAUUCAUUACUUUUUUAUUAUUGUAAUUCUUUUAAUAGAUUUUUGAAAUAUUAUUUAACGGUCGUAAAUAAAAUAUUGAUUUAAAAAGACAUAAAUUUAAUAAAAAAGUAUAUCCUUUAAGGUGGUAAAAAUGAACCAAGUAACUUUACCACCAUCUCCAAAUUGGUAUUUAAAUAAUAUCCUUGCUUGCUCUUCUACUGGCAUUACAGCAUGGGGUGCUAGAAAUUCGAUUGUUAUUGCUAAAUUUGAUGAACUUGAUAAAAUAUUACAUUACUUCAUUAUUAGACAUGCUCACAAAUCUAGGGUGACAUGUCUUGCAUUUACUCCUAAUUUAAAAGAAGUAAAUCCUAAUUUAAUGGCUUCUACAGGAGAUGAUAAUAUAAUUAAAAUAUGGGAUUCUGACACAUUAUAUGAUAUUUAUACUUGUUGUUUAGAAAAUACUAAACAAGCAGUAAGCGUAGAAUGGUCUCGUAAAGAAGCUUAUAUUAUCUAUAUAGCAACGUCUGAUGGUUAUGUAUUAUCAUGGAAUGCUUAUUUUGAUACUAUUUCCUCCAUUUCAUUAGGGAAAGCAAUACCUACUUGUAUUUCUUCUUGUCCCCAUCAAUCACAUCUUGUAGCUGCAGGCACAAAGAGUGGUUUAGUUUAUAUUAUUAAUUUUCAAGAUAGGGGAAAAAUAGUUUAUAAACUUAGAGGACAUGAUACUGAAAUAGUUAGUUUAUCAUGGUGUCCCUCAGAGAAUAAUGUUCUGAGUGAAAAUCCAAAUAAAGAUUUAUUGUUAGCUUCAGGAGGAAAAGAGAGGACAAUUUUCAUUUGGAAAGCUGGCGGAGAUGGACGUUAUGAAAUGACAAUUUCAUUGCCUCUAUCAUCUUUUAGUACUAUUAAUCAUAAAAGUAGAAUAAAUACUUCUGUAGGUAAUUGGGGUGUAGUUCAUUGGAUAGAACCUAAACUAUUAUUAACAAGUUCAUUGUGGGGUGAAUUAAUUUCUUGGGAUUUAUCAACAAUAAUAAAAGGCAAACCUGUUGUCAAACUAAUACAUGCACAUCACACUAGGGGAUUGUUUUGUAUUGCACAUGAACCACAUUUGCAAGAUAUUUCAGAGCAAGAUUGGACAAUAAAACGAAGACAUACAAUUUGGACUUUGGCACAAGAUCGAAGAAUUAUUUGUUGUCGAAUAGAAGAAAAUAAUGUUGAAAUACAUUAUAAUAUAUUUACACAAGGUGGAUAUGUUUAUUGCAUUGCUGCUUGCCCAUCAGAGACUUCAUAUAUUGCAUUUGGUGCUGGAGAUGCAAUGUUACGAUUAUGGAAUUUAUCGGAAGCACAUGCUACUAAUUUUAAUAUAUAUACUUUGUGGCAAAGAAUUAAAGGGAAAAUCCGCGCUAUAGCAUGGCAUCCUGAAAAAGAGAAUUUAUUGGCCUACGGAACUGAUGAAGGUCGAGUUGGUUUAUUUCAUAUAAACACAAAUAAAGCACCUGUACUGUAUAGACAAUAUCAUAGAGGGAUAAUAUGUACUAUUGGUUGGGGUCCAAAUUUAGAAAAUAAAUUUGUUUUGUAUUCCUGUGGAGAGGGAGAGCUUGUGUAUUAUGAUUCAGAAAAAGUUAAAACUCAAGAGGCAAAAUCUGUAUUGAAAAAAGAAUGUACAGACUUUUCUUGGAAACCAGAUUUUUCUUGCUUAGCAGUAGGACUUGAGAAUGGAACAAUUUUAUUUCUUAAUAAAAAAUUGGAAACACGUGGAUGCUCCAAAUUUUCUCCAGAAAUGGUGAAUUGCUUAGCUUGGCAUCCUGAGAGUACAGCAACAGACUUGAAAUUUUCUCCAUUAAAAAAUUACUUAGCUGUUAGUUUUGAAUCAUGUAAUAUACUUAUUUUUGAUUUAUCUAAUUUUAUGGACUAUUUAAAAAAAAUGGAAGAUUCAACUAACAAUGAUAAGUGUGAUAUUUAUAAAGUGCAUGAAAUUGUAGCUACUUUAAUUGGACAUAUAAAAACUGUUGUUUGUUUAGCAUGGAAUCCACAUAUAAGUGGACAGCUAAUAUCUGGUAGUUAUGAUGGAUCUGCACAAAUAUGGAAUGUUGAAACACAAGAAUUAAUAGCUAUAUACUCAGAACACAAUGGUCCAGUAUUAUGUUGCAUGUGGAGCCCGUUAGAUCCUAAUUUUAUUAUAACAGGUUCUGUUGAUUUCACGAUACGAGUAUGGAAACUUACUAACUAUUCGUCACAAAGUAAAAUGUUACAAAAAUUACGUAAAAUAAAAGAAAAACAAAAUGAAACAAGUGGGACUGUUAAUACUUCUGUUGAAAAUAGUUUAUUAGAAACUAAUACUACUGCGGGAUGUUCUACUUCAAAUGUUUCCAAAACUACACAAAAGUCAAAGACAAUGAUGAUGACAGAGGUAAAAAAUAAAAACGUACGAUCAUACUUUUCAAAAUGUAUAAACACAACAGCUCAAAAACCACUUUUACUUAAGUCUCUCAUAAAUAUUAUAAAAAGUAUGAAAAGUGAAAAUUUUGAUCUGGAAGAUAUUCAGACAGAUACUUCCUAUCAUAUGAUACCAAUAUUAUUUUCAACACAAGAAUAUUUUGUAUCACAUUUAAAUAAUGAAAAACAUACUCAUACUGAGAAAAAUUGUCAUAAUCUAAUCACAGAAAUGGAUAUAUGGUGCGAUAAUCUUAAACAAAAUUUAGAGGAAGCUGCUAAAGAGAAACGUCUUAAUGACUUUCUUGUUUCACUUUCAGCUAGUCUGUCUAUGAAAGUUUGGAAAGAUAUGUGCGAACUAUAUGCAUAUCAAUUAAUAACUGAAGGCAAUCCAUAUAAAGCAGUAUCAUAUUUACUUUGUGUACAUAAAACCUAUAAAGCUAUAGAAGUAUUUCAGACUUCAAAUUUAUACAAAGAAGCAUAUGUUCUUGCAAGAUGUAGACUUGAAUCUGAUGAUCCAGUGCUAAUAGAAAUAUUAAAACAAUGGGCAAAAUAUAGUAUAGAUAUAGGCAAUUUUGAACAAGCAGCAUACAUUUAUGCUAAAUUAGGAGCAUUUUUGGAUACUGUAAAAUAUCUUGCUCGCCGUAAAGAUGCAGCCACAUUAAUAACAGCAGCUGAAAUUGCUUUUUUAUGCAAUGAUGAAAUAUUUAGUAAAUCUUUAGCUGAACAAGCAAUAAUUACAACUUUAAUAAAUUCAGAGUAUGAUUUUGCACGAAAUAUAAUAGAAAAGUUUCCAUAUCUCAAGUACCAAGAAAUACAUAUAUUAACUUUUGAAGAACUUGAAAAAAAUAUUAAAGGAGAUAUAAGUCUUGCUCGGAUUCAACGGUGGAUAGGUGCAGAAUCAAAUUAUGGUCUGUUACAAAGCUUAGAAACAAUUUGUGGAAAUUGUAGUUCUUAUUACAAUGAUUUAUAUCAAAAUACAUUUUGUAAAAUUUUAGACAAUGAGAAAAUGUUAUGGUUAACAGUUGGUCAUGAAAUUGCACUUGCAAUAGCUUCUCUUGAAAAGGAACAGAAAUUAAAACAUAUUGUUACAGUAUUACAUACAAUUACUGAAUAUGAACUACGGUAUCGAACAGGUUUAGAAAAUUUACAUAGUCUUUUAAUUGAAACUAUGAUAAUAUUAGAUAUUAAAAGUCCAAUGGAUAAAACAAGUAUAUAUGCAAAAACUGAUUAUUCUAUAUCAACUAGUUUACGAGCUUAUUUAUGUUAUGCUCUUCUGAAUUGGUUUAUGUUCCAUGUAAAUGAAGAAUUUAUUAAUAAUAAUAAUAUAAUAAAUUGUAUGAACUUGAUCGAACAUGUAUUUGGAGAUGCAUUAAAUAAACAAACAGUGAAAUAUUGGUCAGUAACAAACGAAAUUUACAAAUUGGAAAAUAAAAUAGCUUCUAUAAAAUGUAAAACGCAAGAUAAAAGUAACGUUGAUCAAGAUGUGGAAUCUCUUAUGGAAACAUUAAAUACAUUAAAGAUGCAGAAGGAUGAGAUUCUCAAUGAUUUGGGUCAUAUUCCAGAUCCUAUUAUGGUGUACGGUGUAGCAAAUGAAUUAUGCAGCAAAUUGCAUGAUGAAACUAUUAAAAAUAAGUUUAUUAAAUGUAUUUCCGACACGUGGCUAAAUACUACUACAUAAAUAUUACAUAUUUUUUUUUAAUGAACAUUAGAUAUUAAUGA